GUCAGCGACCCAACCCAACCCGAGCCGAGGAGUCGAGUCGUGUGAAAAUUACGAAAUUGCCCUUCGACUCCACCACCACCACCCACCGGCGAGGCGAGGAGAGGAGAAAAAUUGGGAGGAAAAAAAAAGGGAAAAAGAAAAAGGGUGGAGGAGAUUUUUGCGAAGCUACCGAGCCCGACAUGACGCCGCAUCUGCCCGUGUCGCCGUCGUCCUCCCACCACCUGCUCGACGCGGCGCCGACGCCGGCGUCGCCGGCGCACGCGCAGCACCGGCGGCGGCGGAGGAGGAGGAUGUGCGGCGGGGGGAGGGGGAGGGGGGGAGGGGCGCAUCAGGUGAGGUGCUGCGCGGCCGCGGCGCCGCAGCCGAGGGUGGCGACGGGGGCGGGGCUGCGCGGGGCGGCGGCGACGACGAGGGUGUUCGUGGUGUCCGACCUGCACACGGACUACCGGGAGAACAUGGACUGGGUGCUGCGGCUCCCCGUCGGCGGCGGGGGAGGCGGGGGCGACGGGGUGGGGAUCGACGCGCUCGUCGUGGCGGGCGACGUGGCGGAGACGCGGGACAACUUCGCGCGCACCAUGGCCGCGCUCAGGGAGCGGUUCGGGGCCGUCUUCUACGUCCCCGGGAACCACGACCUCUGGCUCCGCCGCGAGAACGGCCGCUACAUGGAUUCGCUGGAGAAACUGACUGCAUUGCUUGAUGCGUGUAGUGAGCUGGGUGUGGAUACAGGCCCAAGAAUAAUAGGUGACUUGGGGAUCAUACCAUUGUUCUCAUGGUAUCACAAGAGCUUUGACAAGGAAAAGGAUGUUAACAGUGUUCGCGUCCCUUCCUUAGAGAUGGCUUGUAAAGAUUUCCAUGCUUGUCAAUGGCCUCCAGACCUGGCAAAUGAAGAUGAAGCUCUUGCUCUCUACUUUGACAAAUUGAAUGACAGAAAUCAAGAUGCAAUUGAAGAAGUAAAAAAGAGCAGCAAACAGAUACUAACAUUUUCACACUUUGUACCAAGACAGGAACUAUGUCCAGAGAAGCGGAUGCUUUAUUAUCCAAACCUCCCAAAGGUCAUCGGAUCAGAUUUUUUGGAGAGGAGGCUGAGAACUAUACAUGACAACACUAAACAUGGAGCCGCUUGCCAUGUUUUUGGGCAUACACAUUUCUGUUGGGAUUCUGUGGUUGAUGAAAUCAGGUAUGUUCAAGCGCCUUUGGCGUACCCCCGAGAAAGGAAGCGAAGGAUGAACGGAGGAGACGGUUGGCUGCCCUUCUGCAUAUACCGCGAUGGUUUCAAUCCUGAAAUAUAUCCAGCUCUAUGGUCUGACUACUACAACAAGAACAGAAGGGAACCAGAGAAUACUCAGCUCGCUCCAUGGGUUGCCAAAUAUUUUUCCAAGUACUACUGACCCCCUACACCGAUCCAAGUCCCUUGGGUUCGCGACAGAUUGGAUAGAGUUGAGCCGCUCAGGACAGUGUCAAAGCAGCUGCUGCAUUUUCCUGGAAGAAAAGGAGAUUGACGUUUUACCUGUACAUGUCUUUUGCCUUCUUUUCUUGUUUCCACUCUUACUAUAUGACUUUUGGGCAGGGCAACUAAGCUCGCCCUCCUGUGAUGUAUGUUGGAAAAAUAAUGUGUAAAGAUUCUUUAAAGCCCUUGCUGCAAAGAUAGUGACAUGCUGGAAACAUUAGCUAGUUCUGUUCA